GUAGGGAGAAGCAGGGACUCACUGUGAGGGGGAACUUUGUUACUAUGAAACUUAGGAAUAUUUACAAAAUAUUGUAAAAAUUAUCAAAAUCCCUCGUGAAUCCAUAACCUGCCCCUAGGGUUCUAGGUUUUUAGUCUAGUUUGCCCGGAAAGGGCUUCUUCACUCACUAUUCUUACACUUUUUUGAAAGAAUGUGUGAGACAGACAGUUAGCCAGCCAGCUAGCCAGCUAGCUAGCUGAGGGGUGAUACAGGCGGCAGGAGAACAAAAGAUUUUUUUUGCGUUUUGGCCGGUUGUACUGACACCAAGUCCAUGCAGAACGUGUCAUUACCAUCACAAUGCCCGUUUUACUUUUUCUGAUAGACACGUCCGCUUCAAUGAACCAGCGCACCCAUCUGGGUACUACCUAUCUGGACAUAGCAAAAGGCGCUGUUGAGACUUUUAUGAAGCUCAGAGGAAGAGAUCCGGCGAGCCGAGGGGACCGGUAUAUGUUGGUAAAUUUUGAAGAUGUUCCCUUCGGGAUAAAGGCCGGAUGGAAAGAGAGCCAUGCCACAUUCAUGACAGAGUUGAGGAACCUCCAAGCAACGGGCCUCACGACUAUUGGCCAGUCCCUGAGGACCGCUUUUGAUUUACUCAAUCUCAAUAGAUUAGUGACUGGGAUAGACAACUAUGGACAGGGAAGGAACCCUUUUUUCCUCGAACCGGCCAUCAUAAUCGCAAUCACCGACGGCAACAAGUUGACCAGCAGCGGUGGAGUCCAAGACGAGCUGCACCUGCCGCUGACCACGCCGCUGCCGGGCAGCGAGCUGACCAAGGAGCCCUUCCGCUGGGACCAGCGCUUGUUCGCGCUGGUGCUGCGUAUCCCCGGCAACGCUUCGGUGGAGCCCGAGCCCCUCGGUGGAGUCCCGCCCGACGACUCUCCCAUCACGCCCAUGUGUGAGGUCACCGGAGGGCGUUCGUACAGCGUGUUCUCUCAGCGAAUGUUGAAUCAGUGUCUGGAGUCUUUGGUGCAGAAAAUUCAGAGCGGAGUGGUGAUAAACUUUGAGAAGACGGGGCCUGACCCUCCUCCGCUAGAGGACGCUCCAGCUGAGGCGUUGAAGUCCGGUCCUCAGCCCUGGCACUGCUGUCACAAGCUCAUCUACGUCCGACCCAACCCUAAAACCGGCGUCCCCAUCGGCCACUGGCCCAUCCCCGAAGCCUUCUGGCCAGACCAGAACUCCCCCACAUUGCCGCCCCGCUCAGCUCACCCCCACGUACGUUUCUCCUGUCUGGACGCUGAGCCCAUGGUCAUAGACAAGGUGCCCUUCGACAAGUACGAGCUGGAGCCUUCGCCGCUGACGCAGUACAUUUUGGAGAGGAAAUCCCCGCACACCUGCUGGCAGGUGUUUGUUUGUAACAGUGCCAAGUACAGUGACCUGGGGCAGCCCUUUGGUUACCUGAAGGCCAGCACAGCUCUCAACUGCGUCAACUUGUUCGUGAUGCCCUACAACUACCCCGUGCUCCUGCCACUUCUGGACGACUUGAUCAAAGUGCACAAGUUCAAGCCUACCAUCAAAUGGCGACAGUCCUUUGAGAACUACCUCAAGACUAUGCCUCCGUAUUAUAUCGGAUCCCUGAGAAAAGCUCUGAGGAUCAUGGGAGCUCCGAACCUGCUGGCCGACAACAUGGAGUACGGCCUGAGCUACAGCGUCGUUUCUUACCUGAAGAAGCUCAGUCAGCAGACAAAAAUCGAGUACGACCGGCUGAUUGCCUCGAUUGGUAAGAAGGUGCCUCCGGAGUCGGGUAUAAAGGUGCGUUGGCGAGGUGGAGGCAUCUCUCUGGCCCAGCGCAGGGACUUCAUCCAGCAGCUGCAGAAUCUGACGGGCGACGGCCCCAUCGUGCCCCUGGAGCUCAACCCCAAAGAGUUUCAAGGUUUCCAACUGGCACUGCUUAACAAGGGCUUUAAGCCUCAGAGCUUUAGGAAUCCCUACGACAUCCCCCGUAGCCACCUGCUCGACCAGCUCAGCCGCAUGAGGAGGAACCUCCUCAACACCAGUGUCUGUACCCUCAGAGGCCAGGACUCUGACCAGCUCCACAGCGUGCCAAUCGCCCAGAUGGGAAACUACCAAGACUUCCUCAAAGCCGCGCCCCAGCCUCUCCGAGACGCCGACCCGGAGCAGCCAAAACGUUUGCACACAUUCGGGAACCCCUUCAAACUGGACAAGAAGGGCAUGAUGAUCGACGAGGCGGACGAGUUCGUGACCGGUCCUCAGAACAAGGGGAAGCGGCCGGGAGAGAGCAGCAACAUGCCGGGGGGAGGUCCGAAGAGACGGCGCUGCAUGUCCCCUCUGCUGCGACUGGGCCGGGCCUACACCCCCCCGGUAACCCCACCUGCCAGCCCCCGACCCUCAGCAGAUAUGGACAUGAGUGACGGAGCGUCGGAACCAGACCUGAUCAUCAACCACCUGAACCAGAACCACUACGACUCGGACACGAGCUCGGAUUCGGAAGCGGAUCAGCCCUCGGGGCCCGCGGACCUCCAGCUCCAGGAGAACCACACGGCCUCGGAGCCCCACGUCCUCCGGCACGGGGACGAGGAGGAGAACGGGAAGCCCCGGGAAGGCGACCUGUCGCCGGGACGCGAGGGCGGGGCGGAGAUGGUGCUGAUGGAGGACCAGCCGCCCCGGUACCUGUCGCCCACGGCUCUGAAGAAGCACAUCCACACCGAGACGACGAAGGUCAACAACGAGCUGAGGGCGCUCAUCACCAAGGAGAUCCGGAAACCUGGCAGACACUACGAGAAGAUCUUCCUCCUCCUGAAGCAGAUCCAGGGAACCCUGGACACGCGGCUCAUCUUCCUCCAGAACAUAAUCAAAGAGGCGGCCAGGUUCAAGAAGCGCGUUCUCAUCGAGCAGCUCGAAAACUUCCUGGAAGAGAUCCACAACAGAUCCCUUAACAUGAACCACGUGGAGACGCUCUGAGACGAACUCAUUCCCAGACUGAACUUAUCGAAACACAGAAAUAAAAAAAAAUAAAUAAAAAAACCAGACGAACCCUCCUCAACCCACCCCACUACCCCCCCUCUACUCUACUCUACUCUACUCUACUCUACCAGGGCCCCCUGCAAAGAUGAGGCGAGACAGCAUCCAGCUCUUUAAACCAUGGCUUUUUUUCAGCAGACGUCUCUUCGUUUAAUCGACACGUGGUGAUAAUUAAAGGCAGCGCUGACCCUGGACUGAAGUGCACUUUGCAGAAAUCCAAAAGAAUGAGUGUAGAAGUGUUUGCCUAUGCACCGUUUGCUUUCUUUCCCCCCUCCAUUGAUCAGAUUUAUACAUUUUUUUUAAUAAUAAUUUCAUCUGACAAAUGAGAGCGAUUAUCUCUCAGGUGGAAGGAGCGGACGUCAUUUUUCAGACUCGAACGGGAUCCGGGAGGAGAUAAAACACUUUACGCCUUUUCUUUUUUUCUUUUUUUUUCCUGUUCGUUCGCUUUUCUCCUCCGUGUUGUUCUUCUGUUGUGACUCGUGGGAGGAUGAGGGUCUGUCGUUUGUCUUUGAUUGUUAAAUUAUACACUCCGCUAACCGGAGCGCUCCGCCGCCGUGCUCUGGAAAUGGGUAUGAUUAGGCUCCGAUACUGGAUUUGUCACCUUUUUUGCCGUCUUACCUGCCAGACUAAUAAUUAAUAAUAUUGAGCGGCAAGUUAAGUGUGCGACGAAAGGGAACGAUUUCUGGAGGAGGAGGAGGAGGAGGGGGAGGAAAAAUAGAUCUUUUCAUUACAAGUGAAGACGGUUUAAAAAAAGUUAUUUUCAAAGAGGUGAAUAAAAUCAUCCUGAAUAUUCGCUGAUUAAAAAAAAAAAAACUGAAUAAAUAUACAGGGACAAAAAGCUCAGGAACUGACAUGAAUGCAUCAUAAUCAGCAAUAACAUUUGGACCCCCCCCCACACACACCGCCCCCCCCUCCCUUCCCCAUUUACUCACCCUUUACCUUUUUUUUUUUUUACCUUUAGCCUGGAUCAGCUGAUAUGCAACACAAGCCGUUUGUUGUCUGCUGGAGCGCUGAUGAACUGAGGUCUCGGAUGCCGGCUCGUUCCUAAAUGUGCUGGUUGCUGCCAAAUAUCUUAACCCGCCCCCCCCCACUUCUCCCCCCUCCCCUCCCCGCUGUGAAUCUCAAACCAACUUCUUGUCACUUAACCGCGAAUGCACUUGUGUACAUUUGAGAAUUGUUAUUUAAUGUAAUUUAAGAGAGAAAAAAAAGAAACUACCUUUUUUUGUCAUAUUUUUUUUCCUUUUUCCGUCUCCGACUCUUUCAAUGUUCUCAAAUAUACACAAACAAACCUGAAUCGAGGUCUCGAGGUUAAAGAGUUGAUUUCUGAUUCAGAGGGCAGCCCUCUUCCGUUCCCUCCCUCCUUGGACAGGGACCAAAAUCUGCCAUACUUGUUGUUUUUUUUUGUGUGUGUGUGUGCGCGUGCGUGUGUGUGUGUGUGCGUUUGUGAAGAGGCCGCUACCAAAAGAGUAUUUUGAAUACACUGUAAAGAUGUAAAUAACCCUAGAGUACUAUUUAAAGAGAAUGUUCAGUGGAAAAUGGCCUUUUUGUAAGUAUUUCCAUGAAUAAAGUUUCUAUUUUACACUGUGAAGGGCCAUGUAAAUAAAGUGUUAUGUAAA